AUGGGGUUCUUACACAAGCUGUGGGAUGAUACGGUGGCAGGACCAGCUCCAGAAAAUGGUCUGGGAAAAUUGAGAAAACAUGUUUCAUUAGCCACCGUCCAAUCUCCUCCUCUCUCUAGCAAUCAAGUCACGAGAAGCAUAGUCGUUACCAAGGAGAAUAACAAUGUCCGUGGUCUCCGAAAAUUGAAGAUGGGACCGGGUCGUGCUCCGGAUUCUCCGACCGGGUCAAGUAGCAACCCGGGAACGCCUCUAACCCCUGGGACACCAUGUGAUAAUUUUGGACCAUUCAGCGCCGAUAAAAUCCCAUCCGCCGGUGAAGUUGAUGCCUCAAGUCUCUCUACUUAUGAAUGGAUUGUGAUAAACGCAUUAGAUCGUUGA